UUGCCUUAAUGAGCUUCAGAUCACGAGUUAGGAAAACAGCUUUCAGUACAGGGAUUUUAGAACAAAAUUGGCAACACACUCAGAUUCUUCAGGCAGAGCAUAGGAGACAGACGGAAAGAGACAAGAACACCAAGCAGCUUUCUUAUAAACCUUCCAAAUUCAAGAUGCAACAGAUGCCUCAACAGUGUGUCAUGGGUACUCUUGUUGUUGCUUUGCUAAUUCUGUCAACUGUGGCAGCAGAAGCAGACAAAACAGAAAAGCAAGGAAAAAAGGAAAGAAAGUCUGAUUGUAGUGAAUGGCAAUGGAGUGUCUGUGUGGCUAUCGAUGGGGACUGCGGUCCGGGAACAAGGGAGGGAACUCGAACAGGAGCUGAGUGCAAGCAAACCAUUAAAACCCAGAAAUGCAAGAUUCCAUGCAACUGGAAGAAGCAGUUUGGAGGAGAAUGCAAGUAUGAUUUCCAGUCCUGGGGAGAUUGUGAUAUGACUACAGGGAAGAAGAAUCGAACUGGAACUUUAAAGAGAGCCCUAAUGGAUGCCACCUGUCCAGAGAGUGUCAGUGUCACUAAAUCCUGUGGUAAAAUAUCCAAGGCAAAAUCUCAAGAAUCCAAGAAACCAAAAAGGGAGGGAAAGAAGAAGGACAAAGCUCCUGUGGAAUAACAUAGUAAUCACUUAGCUGGUUUGGCCAUGUCUGCUUGUGCUGUCCUGAUUAAUCUUUCAUAUGGAUUACUGUAUGGUAUUUUGUAGGUUUUGUUUCCCUUAGAUUAAAUAGGGAUAGGUAUGCACUUAAAAGAAAAAAGGUAAAAGUUAGUAAUUCAUUUUAAAUACUUAUACUAUUGUAUAUUUUAAAUACUGAUAAUA